AUGAAAGAAAAACUAAAGCAAGGGAAAAAUAAAAUAAAAAGAAACAAAGAUACAAGACAAACAGCAAAAACCAAUAAAAGGAAAAUAAAUAAACAACAGAAACGUUCUCGCACGUUAUCUCGCUCAAUUGACAGUGAAUCUGAAGAAAAUUAUGACGAUUGUAUUCCUUAUGGUGAUAGCUCUAAUGACGGUGACUGGGAAGGGGAAGGAGUACCAGAGUUGGAUACUCGUUGGUAUUGCUUUAUUUGUGGUACUGAAAAACUCUUGGAUAUGCGUCUUUGUAUUUCUUGUAAAAGGUAUGUCCACGAAGAAUGUGUAGGGCUAACUAUUAACGAUUCUGAAAACUUCAUGUGUCCAGAAUGUGAUUAA